UCGGCUGCUCCCUGCGCGGCCCGUGAAAAGGCACUUCGGGGCUCAGUGGAGUGAGGACCCGGGCUGCGGCAGUGGCAGUGGUCUCUGGCAGCCUCGGACCCCUGAUCCCGGCGGCUGCCCCGCAGGAGACGUCAACCCCCCAGUCCCAUAUUGUCCUACAGGUGUCACCCCAACAUUCUUGGGGUCCACCCUGGACUCAUCACCAAUGGCUACAAAGAAGGUCUAAGUGAAUUCUUUCACACCUGAACCAACUCUCCCAACUCUGCCCUCAACAACCCCAGAAAAGGGAGGAGGAAGCGCUUUCCUCCUUUUGAUAGAGAGGUCCAUAACCACCGCCAUGAGGAUAGCCAUCAUUGGUCAGAGCCUGUUUGGCCAGGAAGUCUACUCCCGACUCCGAAAGGAAGGUCAUCAAGUGGUGGGAGUAUUCACCAUUCCUGAUAAGGAUGGGAAAGCAGAUCCACUGGCGCUGGAGGCAGAGAAGGACCACGUACCAGUGUUCAAGUUUCCCCGAUGGAGGGCGAAAGGGAAGGCCCUGCCCGAGGUGGUCGAGCAAUACAAGUGUCUGGGAGCCCAACUGAAUGUCCUUCCCUUCUGCAGCCAAUUCAUCCCCAUGGAGAUCAUCAAUGCACCUGAGCACGGCUCCAUCAUCUACCACCCUUCGCUCCUGCCCCGGCAUCGGGGAGCCUCAUCCAUCAAUUGGACCCUGAUCCAUGGGGAUCGGAAAGGAGGCUUUACUGUCUUCUGGGCAGAUGACGGCUUGGACACAGGAGACAUCCUGCUCCAGAAGGAGUGUGAAGUUCUGCCUGACGACACCGUGAGCUCACUCUACAAUCGUUUCCUCUUCCCCGAAGGGGUCAAUGGAAUGGUAGAGGCAGUAAGACUAAUCAUGGAGGGGAAGGCCCCCAAAAUACCUCAAACUGAAGAGGGGGCAACUUAUGAAGGAAUACAGAAGAAGGAAAAUGCCAAGAUCAACUGGGACCAGCCAGCGGAAGCCAUCCACAACUGGAUUCGAGGAAAUGACAAGGUUCCUGGAGCCUGGACAGAGGCUAAUGGGCAGACGCUGACAUUUUUUGGAUCAACCUUUAAUGACAAUGGUCUUGUACCAGAGGGAGACACGCUGGAUAUCCCAGGAGCAAGUCGACCAGGCAUUGUCACCAAAGCGGGACUUGUCCUCUUUGGAAAUGAUGGCAAAAUGCUGGUGGUGAAAAACAUACAGCUCGAAGAUGGCAAAAUGAUCCCAGCAUCUCACUUCUUCAAAUCAGCAGAUAGCACCACCCUGGAACUGACUGAAGAGGAGCUGGUCACUGCAGAGGCCAUUAGGGAUGCUUGGCAGAGGAUUUUGCCCAAUGUUGCUGAGGUGGAAAGUUCCACUGAUUUCUUCAAAUCGGGUGCAGCAUCUGUGGAUGUUGUGAGGCUUGUCGAAGAAGUGAAAUUGCAAUGCGAUGGCCUACAAUUAGAGAAUGAAGAUGUGUACAUGGCAACUACCUUUGGGGAUUUCAUCCAGAUGCUGAUUAGGAAACUGAGAGGGGAAGAUGGAGAAGAAGAACAAGUUAUAGACUAUGUGGAGAAGUCCAUCAACAACCUGACCAUUCGAAUGCCUCACCAGCUCUUCAUCAACGGGAAGUUUGUGGAUGCUGAAGGAGCUAAGACCUACGAAACUAUCAACCCAACAGAUGGGACUGCCAUCUGCAAAGUAUCACUCGCCCAGAUCUCUGAUGUUGACCAGGCCGUGGCAGCAGCAAAAGAUGCCUUUGAGAAUGGAGUGUGGGGGAAGAUAAACGCCAGAGAUAGGGGACGACUUCUCUACAAGUUAGCUGAUCUCAUGGAGGAACACCAGGAAGAGCUGGCCACCAUUGAAUCCGUUGACUCAGGCGCCGUCUACACCCUGGCCUUGAAGACGCACGUGGGCAUGUCCAUCCAAACCUUCCGCUAUUUUGCAGGCUGGUGUGACAAAAUUCAGGGCACCACCAUCCCCAUUAACCAAGCAAGGCCUAACCGCAACCUGACCUUCACCAAGAAAGAGCCAGUUGGGGUCUGUGGCAUCGUCAUUCCCUGGAAUUAUCCCCUGAUGAUGCUCUCCUGGAAGACUGCUGCCUGCCUGGCGGCUGGGAACACACUGGUCAUCAAGCCAGCCCAGGUGACACCACUGAGUGCUUUGAAAUUUGCAGAGCUAACAGUGAAAGCUGGCAUUCCCAAAGGCGUGGUGAAUGUGCUACCAGGAUCAGGUUCCUUGGUUGGGCAGAGGUUAUCAGAUCAUCCAGAUGUGAGGAAAAUUGGGUUCACAGGUUCCACAGAGAUUGGAAAACACAUCAUGAAGAGCUGUGCCAUAAGUAAUGUCAAAAAAGUUUCUCUGGAGCUGGGAGGAAAAUCUCCCCUCAUCAUCUUUGCAGACUGUGAUCUGAGCAAGGCCGUCCAAAUGGGCAUGAGCUCGGUUUUCUUCAAUAAAGGUGAAAACUGCAUUGCAGCAGGCCGCCUGUUCCUGGAGGACUCAAUUCAUGACCAGUUUGUACAGAAAGUGGUAGGAGAAGUCAAAAAGCUGAAGAUCGGCGAUCCCUUGGACCGAGCCACUAAUCACGGACCUCAGAAUCACCAGGCCCACUUACAAAAGCUGAUUGAAUACUGCGAGAAAGGCGUGAAAGAAGGGGCCACCCUGGUCUAUGGAGGAAAACAGAUUCCCCGACCAGGGUUUUUCUUUGAACCGACCGUAUUUACCAAUGUGGAAGAUCACAUGUUUGUGGCCCAGGAAGAGUCUUUUGGGCCCAUCAUGAUCAUCUCCAGGUUCCCUGAUGGGGAUAUUGAUGGUGUGCUACAACGAGCCAAUGCCACAGAAUUUGGACUGGCCUCAGGGGUCUUCACCCAGAAUGUUAACAAAGCCUUGUACGUCAGUGAUAAACUUCAGGCGGGCACCGUGUUCAUCAAUACCUACAACAAGACAGAUGUGGCAGCCCCAUUUGGAGGGUUCAAGCAGUCUGGAUUUGGGAAGGACUUAGGUGAGGCAGCCCUCAAUGAAUACUUGAAGAUCAAAACGGUCACUUUUGAAUACUGAAAAAGAAGCUCCAAGUGAGGAAAAAGAGCCAGGCCCAGCGUUAAGUGAACCCUACUGCCUUCCCCUGCUCUCCCAUCCUUCCUAAUAUGAGUCCCCUGGAGGGGAAGACAAAGAAGAAGGGCUUUCAGUCACCUGCAUAAUAUGAAGCCUACCCAACUUGGGCCCUCCCUUUCCGCUGAAGGAACACAACCCACCUUUCAUGCAGAAUUCUGUCCAAGUUCAGGGGACAAACCAGAAACUUGCUGAAAAUUGGAGCACUACCUGGCCCUCUCUCUUGAUUGGGAUGGAGGGUUAAAAAGAGAUUAGCAUCUCUCUUCCUACCAUUUCUGGGUGCCUCCCAUGAUAAAACAACAUCCGGCCUUCAAAGAGAUUGACCAACUAAUAGUAUCCAUCACUAAUGAAUACUUGGAUGAGAAGGUCAAAUACAUAUUGAGUGUGUUCUUUCCACUGGUACCCCCAUGGAGGCCGAUUGCACCACAGAAGCAAUCACACAGAAUUUUAGUACCAAAAUUGAAAGGGUUAGAGCUGGAAGAGCCCUUUAAAUUUAAAAUAUGGGAGAUAGAAGAGCCCUUAGAACAUAGAAAAUGAGAGAUGGAAGAAACUCUAGAAUAUGGAAUGCCAGAACUGGAAGAGGGACUAUCUUUCUAUAUGACAUAAUUUCCAUAUUUAGCAACCCCACUCCUCCUCCUCUUCUUCUGGGUCUUCUCCAACCAAUAUCGAGCAGUGGUCUAAUAAUACUGUUUUCAGCACAUACAAUGUCAGAGCUGGAAGGGAUCUUAGAACACAGAAUACUAGAUGACCUCUGUGUUAGAGACCUUAGAAAUUACCCAGUCGACCUUCUUUUUCUAUAGAUGAGGUGAUUGAUAAAGUGAAGGGUCACACAGUGACCAGGUAGGUAUUCCAUUUGGAACUCGAACCCAGAUCUUCUGAUCCCAUACUACCUCUUUUUAUACCAUGCCAUGCUGCCCCCCCUAGAAAUCCUUGCAAAAAUCAAUUAACCAAGAAGUCAUUAUUGAAUAUCUAGUACGUGCCUAACACCAUUAGAAGCACUGAAGGGAAUACAGGAGAAAGAGAAGACAUGGACUCUGCCCUCAGGGAGCUUAUAAUCAAGAUGGAAAGACAAGAUUAACACUUAAGAAACAACUAGAGGGCAUAAGACCACACAUAGCCAAAAUAGUAAGUUGUGUGGGUCAAAACGUAAGUGCUCCAGGUAACCAAGAGAAGAGGAGGGUAGACUGAAGGAGUCAAUGAAGGCUUCAUGGAAAGGCAGAUCUUGCAAAAACCAUCGUUCAACACAGGAGAAUGACCACCUGAAAUGAAAAUGCAGUACUUUGGUGUCAUCACCCAUAUCUACAUGACCAUCCCAAAUCCAGAGGGCUAGGGACCCCAUCUUUCCAGAUUGGAGAAUUUCUCUCUCUAUCCCAUUCCUCAUCCUCUCAUCCUUCUCUAAGAAGACUGUUCAUAUCUUAUUCUCAUAUAUAUAGAACAUUCAAGAUAUCUCCUUCUCUAACCCCUUUCAUCUUCUGCUUUUUUGUUUGUCUCGGAUUCUAGUUGCAGACCGUCAUGGCUCUUACACCUCUUUUUUUAACUUUUCUGUAAUCAUACCCACUGAUCUUAGCCCCUCUCAUCUUAUCCUAAAACAAUCCUCUUCCAUGUAUGGAGGCCAUGUUCCUAGGCUGGUCAAGAUGAGAUUCUGGUAGGCCUUUCCUGACUCCCCCGAGGCAUUUUCACUUUUUCCAUUCAAUUUAAUAUAAUUUCCAUUCAACUCAACAAGUGUUUGUUUAAAAGUUCCUAUGUGCUUUGGAUUCAAAAACAAAAAACAAAAUAAUCCCUGCCUUCAA